AAAAAAAAAAAAAAAAUUCUAAUUCUACAUGCGAGUGCAUCUCAUGUCCUAUGCUUCUUUAAACACAAAAGGAGGGGGAGAUCAAUUUAGGUUAUUUUGAUCACAUAUAGAGAUCUUUAAACUUUCUUCUUCCUUGAUCUUCCAGCAAUUCUUCAAGUUUCAGAGUCAUCUUUUUAUCCAUUACUUCUUUCUUCUAGCGAACAAACAGAGUAACAUAACUGUCAAAAACUCAUAAUGUCUUUGAUUUUGUCUUCCACCGUUCCCCCUAAAACAAACUAUGAUGUUUUCCUUAGUUUUAGAGGCAUUGAUACCCGCAAAAAUUUUACUAGCCAUCUUUAUGCUGCUUUAAAGCAAAAGCAUAUCACUACAUUUAUGGAUGAUUUAUGGAUGAUUGAGAGAGGAGAAGAGAAUAUAGAAGAGAUAUCUUGGUCGCUUUUGAAAGCUAUUGAAGAAUCAAAGAUGUCAGUUAUCAUUUUCUCCAAAAAUUAUGCCUCCUCUCGUUGGUGUUUGGAUGAACUGGUCAAGAUAAUGGAGUGUAUGGAUUCAAUGGACCGAAUGGUUUUACCAGUUUUCUAUCACGUAGACCCAUCUGACGUUAGAAAUCAAAUUGGAAAAUUUGGGGAGGAAUUUCUAAAAGUUAAAGAAAAAUUCAAGGAGAACGUAGAGAAAAUUGAGACGUGGAUCUCUGCUUUGAGGCAAGCAGCCAAUUUAUCUGGGUGGGAUUCUGGGUGGGAUUCCAACAAUUACAGGACUGAAUCGGAAUUGAGUGAGGCAGUAGUCAACCAAAUUUUGAAUAAAUUAUAUCCUGCAUACUUCAGUGCUUGCACUGACUUAUCUGCGAUUGAUUCACACAUUAACAAACUUUUGUCAUCGUUAAGUAUUGGGUCAAAAGAUGUUCGUUUUAUUGGAAUUUGGGGAAUGGGAGGUAUAGGAAAGACGACCAUUGCUGAAGUUCUUCUUAGUCGAAUAUCUGAUCAAUUUGAUAAUUUCUACUUUGAGAGCAAUGUUAGGGAAAAAUCAGAGAAAGAUGGAUUAGUUCAAUUGCGAAAAUGUCUCUUUUCCAAACUUCUACAAAAUGAAAAUUUGAGCAUGGAUAUGUAUCAUGUUAUACCAACUUUUAUUCUGGAUAUGCUUAGACGAAAGAAAGUUUUCAUUGUUCUCGAUGAUGUCAAUGAUUCAGACAAAUUAGAGGCUUUAGCUGGAAAUCAUGAUUGGUUUGGUCCUGGUAGUAGAGUCAUUGUAACUAGUAGGGACAAAGAAGUACUUAACGAUGUUGAUGAAAUAUAUGAGGUUAAGGGAUUAAAAUAUUCUAAUGCUCUUCAAUUAUUGAGUAUGAAAGCCUUUAAAAAAAAGCAUCCUCCAAAAGAUUUUGUAGAGUUGUCAGAAAGAGCAGUAAAUUAUGCUAAUGGCGUUCCAUUAGCUCUUAAAGUUUUGGGUUCCCAUCUAUGCAAAAGGCGUAUAGAGGAAUGGGAAAAUGUAUUGGAUAAACUGAAACAAACCCCUGAUUCUAAGAUUCAGAAAGUCUUAGAAAUAAGUUACGAUACGCUAGAACCAAGUGAGAAGGAUAUAUUUCUUGAUAUUGCUUGUUUCUUUGAAGGACAACGUAAAGAUUGGGUAGCAAAUAUACUAAAUGGAUGUGGUCUUGCUGCAAGUAUGGGAAUAAAUCGACUAAUGGAUAAGUGUCUCGUAGUUGUCUUUGGAAACAACUUAGAGAUGCAUGAUUUGAUACGAGAAAUGGGUCAGGAUAUUGCUCGACGCAUGGGUAGCCGAUUAUGGAAUGCCACAAGAAUUUAUGACACUUUAAUAACUGAGACGAUGAAAGAAACCGUUGAAGGCAUAUUCUUGGACAUCUCAAAAAUUGGGAAAGUGCACUUGCAUCCUGCAAUCUUCUCACGGGUUCCUAAUUUAAGACUGCUAAAAUUUUAUAGGUCUUGCCCUGACACAAACACAGAUUCUAUAUUUGAACUUGGUCAGGCGAAAGAGCUUCAGUUUCUUCCUAAUAAGAUAAGUUUAUUCCAUUGGGAAGACUGCCCUUACAAUUCUUUGCCAUCAAAUUUUUUCAUGAAAAAUGUUGUUGAACUUAACAUGAAAGGGAGCAAGGUCAAGCAACUAUGGAAUGGAAAUAAGUGUCCUCAAAGGUUAAAAUAUCUUGAUCUUUCAGAAUGCGAGUACUUGGAAACACUCCCGGAUCUCUCUUCGGCUCCAAACCUAGAGGAUAUUUGUCUUUCAAAUUGUAAAACCUUGAGCCAAAUUCCCUUAUCCAUUCAGUGUCUGCACAACCUUUAUGCUCUUGAUCUGAGAGGUUGUGAGAAGCUGAGGAGUCUUCCAAGACUUGCUCAGUUGGGCUCUCUUUCGAUUCUUUCUCUUAAUGGGUGCUCAAAUUUGCAGAUGCUUGUAGAUGUUCCAAGAGGACUAAAGUUCUUAUUUUUAGGGGAAUGUGGGUUAGAAGAGUGGUUCCAAGAGGAUGGACUUGUCUGUAAUCUUCAAAUCAUAGACGUACGGAACUGCAAAAACCUUAGAAGUCUUCCAAGUAGUGAUUGUUUGAAUUCUGUUAAGAAACUUAGUCUUAAGGGUUGUUCAAGUCUUAGUAAGUUCCCAGAGAAUAUAGGAAAUAAUAUAACAAAGUUAGAUUUAAGUUAUACUAUGAUAGAAGAUUUGCCAUCAACAAUUUUGCGUCUCUCUUCUCUUUAU